AUGAUCAAGAGUUUUUUGAAUCAAAUUGAAAGACCCCUAUAGGGGCCACUUAGGGACUGUUUGUUACCCCUAUAGGGACCUCUCUGAUCUUCCUUUCUCUGCUCCUCUGAAAAAAAUCAGUUUCCAGACGAAAAUUGGGCUCCUGGCCACGACAGCGGCGACAGCCAAAGCGGCGGUCAACAUGUCCGGCCUCUACCUGCCGCUGACCAACCUCAUCCUUGCUGCCAAUCACCUCAGCGUCAACCUUACCCUUGAAGGUACGCCCAUAUUUCAUUUUCCAACAAAAAAAAAAUGGCAAAAAAGUUCUGACCACUGAGCGGAUCGAACGCCCAACCUUUCGAUCUGGAGUCGAACGCGCUACCAUUGCGCCAAGCAGUCAACGAGAGGGCGCGGGCCCUCUCGCCGUCAUAACCCCCCUUGCGCGUUUGAGCACUGCUUUGUGUGGUGUAUGA